UCACUUCGUAUGCAGUCUCUGCAGAGAGAGAGCCUUCACAGUUAGACCUCUAUCUCGCCCAUAAGCAAACAAACCCAGCAGAAUCACCACCACCACCAACUCUGCUUUCUCCUCUCUCUAGCUCCAGCCAAGUCCAGUGACAUAUCCGACAGCAAACACGUCUCAUGCUUUCGCAAACUGGAGCAGAUCACGAAUACGAGGCUGCAUUCCGUUUCCUUCUUCUUCUUCGUCCGUAGUGAUUCCGUUCGUUCGCCUGAUAAAUCAAUCAGGUUCAGCGUGCGAAAUGUAAAGUGGAGAGAAAUCAUUAAUCGAGUUAAAAUUUACUUUGGUGCGUAUACACGAUAAAAAACUUGAGUCCUUGACAUUUGCAUAGAUUUUGGCAGUUGAGCAGGAUAUUUUGCGUGUCAGUGAAACGAACUUUCUCCGUCGACAAAUUGUCCACUUUUGGCCCAAUAAAAGACAAAGAACUAGAAAGGAAGUCAAGUGGUGACACGGGAAGCGAGAUUUCGAGAUAGUAAUUCACCCACGGAAUGACGUGACCCUGUCAGGAGGACAAAGUGAUAAGAGAAAACCUGUCUGUUCUGCUUUGCAUAGACUACUUUUCUCCUCCACCUCGUGGUGAAAGUAGCGCUCUGAAUGACCAACCAACAAUAAUACGCAACAAAAGUUGAGAGAAAGUAAAACGUGAACAGCUUUACAUACAACACGAAAGCUCCGUUCAGCAUUGUUUAUUGGGACAGGCUUUCUCUCCACGGAAAAGGGGAACACUUUCACAACACAACUUUGCCUCUUAGCGGAAUAAGUGUGCGAAUUCUCCCCGAGAUAAAAAGAAUCCGUAAAAUCAGACCGAGUUUCACUAUUUCACCUGAGAGAAAGAAAAAAUAAUGGAUUACAUUCGCGAGUUUGACAUUCGCCUGGAGAAGGAAAUGUACUACGCUGGAGAGACGCUUUCUGGAGUCGUUAUACUCGACACGGUGGAAAACUUCAAGUUGCGAAGGAUUCAAGUGGUUGUUCGAGGCAAGGCACACACCGAGUGGAAAGUGAUGGUGAGUGGGGAACGAAGGACGGUGAAAGACGACCAGUACUUCAUCGACGAUAGAUCCACUAUUUGGGGGAAAGAUAAAACUGAGGGUAACGUCCAAAUCUUGCCGAGAGGACUGCACAAAUUUCCGUUCCGUUUCCAACUUCCCGAAAGCUCGUUGCCUUGCUCGUUCGAGUCGAAGGCUGGACAAAUCCGGUAUUAUGUGAAGGCCACGGUGGACAUUCCAUACGCAUCUCCACCACAGGGCAUGAAAUACUUUACCAUCAUUGGACCUUGGAUUGACUGCAUGGACUACUUGAAACCGAUGGUCGGAGAUAGGAAACGACCACGCUUCAGUCUCUGCUGGGACCGACGCUGGGUAAACAUUCGGACCCAUUUGGAACGGUCGGCAUACGUUUGUGGCGAAAGUUUGAGGCUGAAGGCGGAGAUUGAUAAUCAGUCCGGGGAAGAUGCAAGACUCAAACUACGCCUCGUGCAGUAUGUCGAAUACUACAUCGACCGCGGCGUUUUGGGCGUUUCGAAAGAGUUGUCCAACACAAUUUUGGAGUAUCGGGGUGCCCCUGUCGUGCCCAGAUCGAGGAUAAAAUGGGAUUCGCAUCAGAACAUCGUGGUCCCCGUGAUGCCUCCAACGCUUCUCGGAGUUUGUCGCCUUAUUCAGAUCUACUACGUCCUGAAGGUGAGCGUCGAGCUGGAGAAAUCGGGCGAAGAUUUACAAAUGCACUUCCCCAUCACCAUUGCCACCGUUCCGUUUCGCAUUCCGAAUUCUACUCAACAGCCGGCGAUUCAGUAUGACGUGGCAUCAGAGAUUGCUGAAGGAGGGAUGUACAUCGGACCUGAAUUUCAACUCGGGCAAGUUUACGACGGCUCUGUAGAAAAUGGAGAUUCUGUGGUGUUGUAUCGUCCCGUUUAUGUCUCGGUCACAUCGCAAGGAAAUGGUACUCGAUCUCGCUCCGAGACACCCACCGGCGUUGGAAGGAACGCCAUUGAGAAGGACGGUGGUGCGUCCAACAUGAUAAUUAACAACAAGAACAACACCAACACCACGAUCGUCGGAGGAGCAGGGUCCGCCGCGACGAACAGUAAAACCAACGCAUCCUCGGCUGCCACCAAUUUGAUCAAAGGCUCAAAAGUGUCGGAUACCGGGGGCGGUGCUCCACGUACGCAGAGGAAGUUGGAGUCCAGCAAUUCUGUGACUUCGGAAAAGGAUACUCUGUUGAAGGAGACGAUUAAAGGUAUUUAGUAUCGUAUCGUACCCUAUCGCAUCCAUAACAAGCAGGCACUCCACGUCCUCUUGGACAUAAUUUUCGGAUGGAUGAGCUACACAUAUUACUUAUUGUGCAUGAGUUGGUGUGUACACAUGCAACUUUUAAAAAAAGUGGGUCAAUCGGGCACACGGGACUUGUUCCAGUGGUUUCUCGGUGGUUAUCAGCUUUCAUAUUUUUUGUAUGUGGGUGUAAACUUUGCUUAAAUAAAUAACUUGAUGUUUAUCUUUUAAGCGGCACAACCCAAAUGUAAAUAUGAAGGGUUGUUACACAUUUACCUCUGCUGAAUAUACAUAAAAUUACGUAAGAAAUAAUCGUCAAGAUAAGUAAGGAAUAUGAACAAAAGUUUAGGACAGAGAUAUUUAUGUACUGUGAUGAUGAGCUAUUUGACUAAUUAUGUAAAGUGGAUGUCUAUACAAUCUAAGAUAUUGCACUCUUCACUUUUUGAAGAAAAGUUUAGAAUUUAUAAAUUACAAAAUACAGAUCUGUAUCUUAUUUCAUGUACUCACUGAAAUUUCCAGGACAUUGUUGUUGGAAUUAUUGAUAUUGAUCUUUUGGUGCUAAUUACAGUACAGUGUGACGCAUCAUGUAAAUGCGACCUGAAUUGUAUAUCUGUAAUAGAUUAACUAUUUAAUAAGUAUUUAAUUAUUAGAAUUAACAUAUUUACAUAAUUGCUGUCAUCAUACAGAUAUUUUUUGAGUUUCCUGGAUUGCGUAGUCUAAAAUUCACCUUAUUCAAAUUACUAGUUAUUAGGAAAAAUUGGCAACUUUAAUUAUAAUAGUAAAACAUGUAAAUUUAUUGUCACAACUGAAACGAGGAGAUUAUUACCAUUAUUACAACGUGCAAAUUAUGUAUGUACUUUAUUCUUAUAUUAUAAAAAAAUCGCAUCAACUUCUUUUUUAUAAAUUGGACCCAACAUUUCUAACCGUAAGUUGAACUGUCAUGUAUAACUUCUAUCAAAUAAAAUGUCAAAUAAACGUGUUGAAAAAAGUAA